AUGCCCCAUAUUGAUGAGAGGGAAACCACAGAGGCGAAGGUGCUCUGGCGGCCUUCUUCUCCAGAAAACACCCAGAUCCAUGACUUCAUGACCAGUCUAAACCAAAAGCAUGACCUGUCUCUGAAUGACUACAAUGCCCUCUGGGAGUGGAGUGUUUCGGAGCCCGCCAAGUUCUGGGAGGAGAUUUGGCACUAUUCCCAAAUCAAGGCGCAUGAGCCCUAUACACAGGUACUUGAGUCAAAUCAGGUACUCUUUCCUCGGCCGGCGUUUUUCGAGGGGAGCACCUUGAACUUUGCCGAGAAUCUGCUCUAUCCAGCCAAUGCGCCGGACGAGAAUGCCGUCGCAAUCAUCGGUGCUACCGAGGCAGCCCGGGAGUAUGUCUCAUGGAAGGAGCUGCGGGAGCGCGUGCGGCAGUGCACCAAUGCCUUGAAAGAAGCGGGGCUGGAGACGGGCGAUCGUGUGGCGGGCUUUGUAGGCAACCAUGCCAACACGGUGGUGGCAAUGCUCGCCGCCGCAUCACUAGGCGCAUUCUGGACCGGGGUGUCUCCCGAUACAGGCGUGCAUGCUGUCUUGGAGCGCCUGGCACAGAUUGAGCCCAAGGUUCUCUUUGCAGAUAAUGCCUCCCUCUACAACGGCAAGGUGCACGGAUCUCAUGCCAAGGUGCGUGAGAUUGUUUCCGAGCUGCCGAAGCUUGAGUAUCUGGUCGUUUUUGAAUCUGCCGAUUUGGUCGAGUUCAGCCUUGACGAGGUCCGGCCUGCUGCCGGGAAGGUAGUUACUUAUGGAAGCUUCUUGUCUUCGGUCCGCAAUGAAGCUGCUCCGUUGGAGUUUGCUAGCUUGAGGCCGGAUCACCCUGUCUAUAUCCUUUACUCGUCUGGGACCACGGGUGCACCGAAACCGAUUGUCCAUGGGUCCUUGGGGACUUUGUUGCAGCACAAAAAAGAACAUCUUUUUCACUGUGACAUUCGGCCGGGUGAUCGAUUGUUCUACUUCACAACAGCUACCUGGAUGAUGUGGCACUGGCUUGUUUCUGGUCUAGCUAGUGGUGCAACAAUUGUUUUGUAUGAUGGCUCUCCCUUCCGGCCAUUUGACGUUGAAGGAGGUAAAGGGGAAAUGGCCAUGCCGCGGCUCAUCGACGAGCUUCAAAUCACUCACUUCGGUACAUCAGCGAAGUACCUAUCGAUGCUGGAGCAAGCAGCAUUGAACCCGCGAAAGCACCCGCACCGGCCAGUGACACUCAAGACGCUAAGAGCCAUUUUCAGCACUGGAUCUCCGCUGGCUCCGUCGACUUUUGAGUACAUUUAUUCUUAUAUCCAUCACGAUAUCAUGCUGGGCUCUAUUACCGGCGGCACAGAUAUUCUGUCCUUGUUCUGCUCCGGCUGUCCCAUCCUGCCUGUUUAUAAGGGUGAAAUCCAAUGCCGCUCCCUGGGGAUGGCCGUUUCAGUCUUUGACUAUGCUGGGAAGGACAUCAGUGCCUCGGGCGAACCAGGCGACCUGGUCUGCACCACACCUUUUCCUGCACAGCCGGUCAUGUUCUGGCCACCGGGGCCAACGGGCCUGGAGAAAUACCGAAAGAGCUACUUUGACAUGUUCGGACAUACGGUCUGGCACCAUGGAGACUUUGUCCGCCUGAACCCGCACACUGGCGGCGUUGUCAUGCUCGGCCGUAGCGACGGCGUGCUCAAGCCCUCUGGAGUCCGAUUUGGCAGCGCCGAGAUCUACAAUGUCCUUCUCAAGCACUUUGCCGACGAAGUUGAAGAUUCUCUGUGUGUUGGACGGAGGCGCGAGGGAAUUGAUUCAGACGAGACUGUCGUCCUCUUUGUGAAGCUUGCCCCUGGCGAUGCCUCCAGUAUGCCGCCCGAUCUUGCGGGACGCAUACAGGCCAUUAUCCGCAAGGAACUGAGCCCCCGCCAUGUUCCUGCUGUCAUUGACGUAUGCCCGGAAAUCCCGGUGACUUCCAAUGGCAAGAAGGUCGAGAAUGCCGUCAAGCAGAUCUUGUGCGGUCUCAACAUCAAGAUCGGUGCGAGUGUUGCGAAUGCGUCUUGUCUUGAUUGGUAUCGAAACUGGGCUGUAGAGCACCCUUAA